UUUUUAACUUUGAAUACCCCUAGACCUCCUAACCUCCAUAUCUAAUCAAAAAAAAGUAUGGUAUCAUAUGGUAAAGUAAAAUGAGAGUAAUGUAACUCUUUUUGUGUCUGCCAAGCUUACAUGAAACAGCAAUGUAAGCUACUUUUUUUCAAGUUUUUCAACUUUGAAUACUCCUAGUACGUAUAUAUGCGUGACCUCGAGGAUGCCUAGCCCAAGCCCAAGCUACGCCAAGCUCCACGCCGGAGGAACUCUCACGUGACACGUAACAAACCAGCGCGUCAAACAAACGCUCAGUCUUUUGGCACAACUCUCAAAUCCCACUCCCACUCAACCGACCAACCGCUGCAAACAAAUCAAGCAAACCACCCCGAGUCCAUCGAAAUGUCGGAUAGCGAGUCUUCCUCCGGUUCGGGAACACCCCCGCCCAUCACCAAGAGCCCAUACGAGAUCCUCGGGGUUCCCACCACGUCAACCGAUGCUGAGAUCCGCUCCGCAUAUCGCAAGCUAGCGCUGACCGUGCACCCGGACAAAGUCCCCGAAGGCGAGCGCGACGCGGCAAAAGUCGCCUUCCAGGAGCUCACGUUUGCAUAUGGAGUUCUCUCGGAUGAGACGCGACGGAAGCGGUUUGACGAGACGGGGAGCACCAGUGAGACCGCUGAGGGUGGGUUCGACUGGAAGGCGUUCUAUAAAGCACAAAUGGCGGACUUGAUUACGACAGAGAGUCUUAGGAAGUUUAAGGAGGAGUACCAAGGUUUGUUUGUUUUUUUCAUCCCCCCGCGACCAUAUUUCUCAACGGAUAGACGGGUAGAUAGAUAGCUAAUUGAAUCCAAACAAACAGGGUCCGAGGAGGAGAAACAGGCAGUUAUAGCCGCAUACCAGGCGAGCGAAGGCUCUAUGGACAAGAUCUUUGAAUCAGUAAUGUGCUCAGACGUGUUAGAGGACGAAGAACGCUUCAGAGAGAUCAUCAAUGAGGCACUCGACGCGGGGCAGAUCAAGUCAUUCAGGAACUUUACCCACGAGAACAAGGCCUCCAAAAAACGUCGAAGAACUAAAGCCGAAGCCGAGAGGCGUGAGGCAGAGGCGUACGCGAAAGAACUUGGCAUCCACGACGAGUUAUUUAGUAACGGAAAGGCUAAAGCUGAGGACGUCGAAAAUGGGCAUGUCGAAGAAGCAGGGGCUGCUGAUAAGGGAUCUAAGAAAUUGAAAGGAAGAAAGGCCAAGAAGGCGGAUGCAGCGGAAGACGAUAUUAGUGGGCUUAGGAACCUCAUCCAGAAGAGAUCGAAUAAUCGCAUGGAAGAAAUGAUGUCAAAUCUUGAGGCCAAGUACCUGCCCAAGCCAAAGGCCAAGAAAAAGGCAACAACAAACUCAAAGCGCAAGAAGGCUACGGAUCCGGACGAUGAGGACGAAGAGGCAGAAGUGGCCCCACCGGAGCCCACCGAAGAACAAUUCAUUGCUGCGCGCGCCCGCGUGGAGGGGAGUAAGAAGGGUAAAAGCACAAAGGAGGCAAAAGGAAAAACAAAGGCGGCCAAGGAAGACGGUGCCGAUACCGGGCUGAGGAGGUCAAAAAGGGUUAAGAGAUAGUCUCUGAUUAUUUUUAGUCUACUGACGGUUGUUUUCUGUACGUGGACGGGUUAUAUUUGUUCGCGUAUUGCUGUGCCGGCAAGCUCGAUGGGCUAUCACUUCCAUUAUAUCCCCGUUACCUCCCGAAAAUUACAGACAGCUUUUACUCCAUAGGUAGUUGAUACUUGUCUUGUUCGCUGCGCUUUUCGAAAAGUGGAUGUCUUAUAAAAAUAUACUUAGCUUUUUUUU